CUGGCCCUCAGCCAGAAUGGCUAGGUAUGAUGGGCUCACUGGCUCACACGCCCUCUCCCAGCCAGGGGUGCUGCAUGAGGGGCCGCAGGGGCGACCGCAUGACCAUCAACAUCCAGGAGCACAUGGCCAUCAACGUGUGCCCCGGGCCCAUCCGGCCUAUCCGCCAGAUCUCUGACUACUUCCCCCGCCGGGGACCAGGACCUGAAGGGGGCGGCGGGGGCGGCGGGGAGGCCCCCACCCAUCUGGCCCCCCUGGCUCUGGCCCCCCCUGCAGCCCUCCUUGGGGCCACCACGCCUGAGGAUGGUGCGGAAGUGGACAGCUAUGACUCGGAUGAUGCCACCGCCCUGGGCAUGCUGGAGUUUGACCUUCUCUAUGACCGGGCCUCCUGCACUCUGCAUUGUAGCAUCCUCAGGGCCAAGGGCCUCAAGCCCAUGGAUUUCAAUGGCCUCGCCGACCCCUAUGUCAAGCUGCACCUGCUGCCUGGAGCCUGUAAGGCUAAUAAGCUAAAAACGAAGACUCAGAGGAACACACUGAAUCCCGUGUGGAAUGAGGACCUGACGUACAGCGGGAUCACGGAUGAUGACAUCACGCACAAGGUGCUCAGGAUUGCCGUCUGUGAUGAGGACAAGCUGAGUCACAAUGAGUUUAUUGGGGAGAUCCGCGUGCCCCUCCGCCGCCUGAAGCCUUCGCAGAAGAAACAUUUUAACAUCUGCCUCGAGCGCCAGGUCCCGCUGGCGUCCCCCUCUUCCAUGUCGGCUGCGCUGAGGGGCAUCUCCUGUUACCUGAAGGAGUUGGAGCAGGCAGAGCAGGGGCCGGGGCUGCUGGAGGAGCGCGGCCGCAUCCUGCUGAGUCUCAGCUACAGCUCGCGGCGCCGGGGACUGCUGGUAGGCAUCUUGCGCUGCGCCCAUCUGGCUGCCAUGGACGUCAACGGUUACUCGGAUCCCUACGUCAAGACGUACCUGAGGCCUGAUGUGGACAAGAAAUCCAAGCAUAAGACAUGCGUGAAGAAGAAGACUCUCAACCCAGAAUUUAACGAGGAGUUUUUCUACGAGAUAGAGCUCUCCACUUUGGCCACCAAGACCCUGGAAGUCACCGUCUGGGACUAUGACAUUGGCAAAUCCAAUGACUUCAUCGGUGGCGUGUCCCUGGGGUCAGGUGCCCGAGGCGAGGCUCGGAAGCACUGGAGUGACUGCCUGCAGCAGCCGGACGCGGCCCUGGAGCGCUGGCACACCCUGACCAGCGAGCUGCCCCCUGCGGCCGGGGCUGUGUCCUCAGCCUGAGUGGACAGCAGUGUCCUGGCACAGGCCCAUUGGGCCAGGUGCAGUACCCAACCUUCGCACGAGUGUGUUGCACGUUUACAUGGGGUGGGCUGCCCCCACCCUGCACUACCUGUCUUAUUUCUGUGAAUCUCCGUGACCUGGGUCUGUCUGCUCGUGAGGGGCUGUGGAGUUCUAUAUUCACAUAUGCAAACCUCCUGCCUGACUCGCUAGUCCCUGCAAAUAUGCAAAGCCCCCCUCCUCUGCACACCCGGGCAGUGCUCAGAGCCCGGCCCCAGGCUCCCACGCUCCUGCCUCUCCACGCUGCCCCGUCCCUCUCCCCCCACAGGGAGGAGGUCGGAUUAGGGGAGGUUCAGAGGAGAAUGCCUCACAAAAAGAGAAAAGGACAAAAAACACACCCAGAGCCACUCCUUUAAUACAGAAACUUCACUGCAAAAACCUAGCCCUGUACAGCUGCCCUUUUAAAGGGGUGGCCAUCGCAGGGUCUCUGCCUCCCCAGAAGGUGGCAGAUGCUCCCGGCCACUCGUUUAAAUACCUGUCUCCUGGAGGGGGCCAGAGUUUGAAGGCAGGGCCCUUGCCACCCUCCUGGGGGACACCCGUGCAUGUUUACGCCUUUUCUGGUUGUGUCAGUGGCCGGAGCAUGGCAGCUGGGCGUCAAUAAACACCUCCGAGGAA